UGGUCAUCCCCUCCAUCCUACACCAAACAUAUCUCACCAAACCCUCACAGCACAAUUUCAGUCCCACCCACAGAGAGGAGCACAAAACAAUGACAACACUCCACUCAGCAACCACGCCCUACUUCACCUGCGCAGCGUCAAGAAGGCAGGUCAGCCUCCCUGCAAUCCAGCAGAACAGCAUGUGGCCCCAGUCGGGCAGAAACUUGUCCUGCAUCGCCAAGGCUUACAAAGUGGUAGUUGAACAUGAGGGUAAAACAACUGAGCUAGAGAUAGAGCCUUAUGAGAGUAUUCUAUCAAAGGCAUUGGACUUUGGCUUGUCAGUGCCACAUGACUGCAAACUAGGGGUGUGUAUGACUUGCCCGGCUCGGCUCCUCAGUGGAUCAGUGGAUCAGAGUGAAGGAAUGCUUAGUGACGAUGUUGUGGAGAGUGGGUAUGCUUUGCUCUGUGCAUCUUAUCCCAGAUCUGAUUGCCAUAUUAGAAUCAUACCUGAAGAAGAGCUCUUGUCCCUGCAGCUUGCAACUGCCAAUCACUAAAACCCCUUUCUUUCUUUCUUUCUUUCUUUCUUUUGUAACAUACUUGUGGAUUGAUUGGAUUAUUAUAUAACAACUACAUUUGUAAUGAUUAAGGUUUGGAUGGAUACAUGUGCUGCUGCUUUACUGAUCAUAUUGUUAUGAAUGACAAAUUCUUGUAUCAGUUCUAUGGCUCAGAUUGAGGCUGUUUACUUCUAA